AUGAAACAUGUAAGCAGAGAUCGUCCUGGUGCGAAGGAGCUGGAUGAGCCGACAGCCGAGCUUUUGAAGGCCUUUGUUGACUUGGCCAUGGCCUUCUCGGGCACUUGGAGGUCCUUCUGGAUGGAGCUUCUGGACAUUCGGGGCGACGACCGUGUGCGGCUUUCGGAAUUCCGAGAUGUUUGCGCCUUGAUCGCUUUUGAUGGAGACGUGGAUGUUUUGUUCGAGCUGUUAGACACAGACAAGACCAAGUACUUGAGCUGGGCCACGACAUCGUGGCUUGCCACCGCAGAGCUUGACGAGGAUGACGAGGAGGAAGAGGACCAGAUGCCGGACUUCAUGAAAGCCACAAAGUCCCAGCGACGCCUUGCGCACAACAAGGCCCGAGACCGUCGGGUUCGCGUCAAGCGCUUUGAGGGCCGGGCACGUGGUGAGAUCCCUGGCAGUCAUGUCGCCGCCGGGACCGCGAUCCAUGGAAGUGCCCUGAAGUCUGCUUCCGAGCCUUCGGGCACGGGGCCGAUGGAAAGAAGCGUAUCUGCUCCGGGGAUGACACAGGCCUCCCAGAGUCUGAGCUCCCACUCCUACUCCGCUGCCUGGGCGACUGCGGGCGCCUCAACGAGCCGGGUCACCGGCAGACUGGCGACCUCGCCGCCCACGGCCGAGGACCUGCCCCAGUGGCUGCUGAUUGCCGAGGGCCGGGCGAGGAUCCCAGCUCCACCGCCCAAGAGCGACCUGAGUUUCCCUUUCAAACCCCAAGAGCCAGGGAAAGGAGGCCCAGAAUAG